AUAAUAAUAACACAAUGAUGAAGGUACUAGGAAUUGUUGCCUUGUUUAUGGUCCUUGGUGCCCAUGGAGAUCUCCAAUGUGAACACCGAGCACCAAACGUUCCAAAAGAAUGGAUAGACAUGCAAACCAGCUGCGUGAGCGCAGUUCGUUCUCACGUUAUGGAAGAACUGAGAGCAGCCAUGCAAUAUAUGGCCAUGGGCGCUCACUUCUCCAGAGACCAAAUAAACCGACCUGGAUUCGCCAAUUUAUUCUUUAAGGCGGCUAGUGAGGAACGAGAACACGCUAUUAAACUUAUCGAGUAUUUGUUGAUGAGAGGAGAACUUACUUCUGAAGUUUCUAAUAUGAUCACGAGAAAUAUGUCUCCUAAUGUUACAAACUGGGCCAGUGGUGCUUCCGCUUUAAAAGACGCCUUGAUGCUUGAAGCAAGUGUUACCAAGAAGAUCAGGAAUUUGAUUAAAGUUUGUGAAGAUGAUCCUGCCAACUUCAAUGACUAUCAUCUGGUGGAUUAUUUGACUGGCGAUUUCUUGACUGAACAGUACGAGGGCCAGAGAGACUUGGCUGGUAAGCUGUCCAGCUUGGAGAAGUUGAUGAAUAAACACGGUGCUUUAGGAGAAUUUUUGUUCGAUAAGAAGCUUAUGUGAGUUAUUAAUGUGUCAACACCUGUUUUAAGUGAUAAAUUAUUAGUGAUAAGGUUAUAAAAAGUGGUCAUUGAUUUUUUUCUUACUUUAUUAUCAAAUAAAUUAUUUAUAAGUUGA